AUGGCAUUUUUGCUGAAUGAUCGGGAGAGAGAUUGUGUAGAGUAUGCAGCAGAGCGUUACCAGCAGCGCUUUGGCACAAGGGCUCGCGAUGACCCAGACUUGUUCCUGUACUUGGGUGACAAUGCCCGCAACCGCUUAACGUGGAGCGGGGUGAGCGGGAAAGUCCCGACCUUCCGUACAAAUGGAGGAGAAGAGGCAUCAACAAAGCCGAGGGCCAAAGGCAAGACCAAGGCAGCCGGUCCAUCGGGUGGUCGACGUAAGCGCGAGGAUGAAGAGUCACGAUCAAGGCGAAUCAUGACUGAGACCUACAAGUCCCAGAGCUGUGUCAAGGAUUUCAUUGAUUGUCAUUUGAUAGAUUGGCUGUCAGACGGCUGCGACAAAGUCUAUUUGCCAAGAGAUAUCUUCAGUGGUGAAAGCAGGGCCAAGGAUGGCAAAGCCGCAGUCCUUGAAGCUGCCCACUCUGCAUAUUGUCGCCGGAACAAGCCUGUGGAGACCACAGGGUGGACACCAGGAGACAUUCAUAAAUUUAUGACCUGGCAACUGGACCAGUACCAGAGAGGCCGAGUUCGAAAAAGUGAAGUUGGAGGGUUUGCAUGGAAACUCCCAAAACGUGGAGAAGGUGGCGAACCUGCACCCCUUCCAGCUGCUGUGGUGGAUUUCCUCAAGUCAAAGAAGAAGGGAAGAGCAGAGGAGUCUGAGCAGGAAGACGAAGAAGAAGACGAUUCGCCUUUCUCAUUGGAGAAAGAUGGAGUGAACUUUUUCCUGGUUGAGAAUGAUACGAACCGGAGAGUGGCACUUCCAGCUUUGAAGAAGAAAGGGGUUGCGUAUUCACUUUAUUCAGCUGAUGGUGAGUGGGCAGUUGCAGGAGGAAACCCAGGCGAUGAUGAUCCGGAGUAUUGCAGCGACAUUUUUGAAAAGGCCUUUCCCAAGGACAAGACGUUGAUGAAGAGGAAGAAGGUGGAUACUGAGCCAGAGAAGCCAGAGAAGCCAGGGAAGCAGGCCAAGGUGGCACCCAGCAAUGCAGGGAAGGACAAAGUGAAAGGCGGAGGCAGUGAUGCUGCUGCAAGCGGCAAGGCAAAGACUGCCAGUCACCAGCAGCAGUCGUCGUUUGCUACCAAGCCUUUGUUGAUGGCGGGCAUGAAGAUGAUCCAAGGCCUGGUGCCAAAAGGGACGCGGAUCGAGCGAGGAACGGUCAGCGCACCUUCCACCGCGGCACCUUCGUCUAGCGUUGUUGCAGAGAAGCCUGAUGAGGCGCCCGAGUCCGAGGACGAGAUUGGAUCUUUGUUUUCUGGGACCCCCUCUGAGCCUGAGCAGAAAGAGGAGGGUGCGCCUCGAUUGGAGGUGUUGGCUGAUGCCAGUACUGUGUUGCGAUCACCGCAAGAUGGGAAAGAGCUUAUCCUGCCUGAGGACAAGGACUUCCAGAUCGUGAAGGAUGACAAUGGAACGUGGAUCCUGGAAUGCACUUCGCACCCAGAGGUGAAGCGUCGUACAGUGAGCAAGGCGUUGGAGAGCAAGCGGGCUACGCUAUGGCAAGAGCCUCCUCUUGAAGAUGAAGAGAACGAGGACCAGAAGGAGGGGGGAGGCAAAGACGCAGCAGGUGCAGUGGCAGCCUACGUGCCCCAAACCCGGAAAAGACAGAAGCAAGCUGAAACGCCUGAGCGUGAGAGAAAGGUGCUUCUCGCAAAGGAGAAGGCUCUGCCAAAGCGAAAGGCAGAUGCGGCAGUCCUGGCAGCAGCAAAGGCAAGAGAACAGAAACUGCUUGACUCCAUGAUUUCUGACGAGGUAGAGGUUGAAGAGCCGGGUGAGAGCCGCGAAGACGAAGAGGAAGAAGUUCCUAAGGCUGCUGAUGCUGAGGAUGGGGAGGAAGAGGAGGAGCAGCACCAGCAUGAGGAGACUGAUACGCACAACAACAAUGUGGCAGAAGCUGGGGAAUAG